GCGGGCGGGAGCCAGGCCGGCCAUGGCGGAGGUCCCCGGGGCGCAGCGCCCCGCUCCCGGCGGCGGCCCGGAGCCCCGGGACCCCCUGGACUGCUGGGCCUGCGCGGUGCUGGUCACGGCCCAGAAUCUGCUGGUGGCCGCCUUCAACCUCCUGUUGCUGGCGCUGGUGCUGGGGACCAUCCUGCUGCCCGCCGUCACCAUGCUAGGUUUCGGCUUCCUCUGCCACUCCCAGUUCCUGCGCUCCCAGGCGCCCCCCUGCACCGCGCACCUGCGGGACCCGGGCUUCACGGCCCUGCUGGUCACCGGAUUCCUGCUCCUCGUGCCGCUGCUCGUGCUGGCCCUGGCCAGCUACCGCCGCCUGUGCCUGCGCCUCCGCCUGGCCGACUGCCUCGUGCCCUACAGCCGAGCUCUGUACCGGCGCCGGCGCUCCCCGCAGCCGCGGCAGACCCGGGCCUUGCCGGGCACCCAGGCCGGCCCCACGUCAGGAAAGGUCUGGGUCUGAGGAUCCUCUCGAGUCAAGAGCCACCCCGACGACCACCCCCCACCCCCCGUCUCUCAGUCUCCCCGAGAACUUGAAGCCCAGGGGUCGCCCGACCUACCCCGCCCCCACCCCAGCCUAAGCCGGGGCCCAGCAUCCCUUCGAAGAACUGCUAUGCAUCUACGGACCCAAAGCUGGCGGAAAUCCGCCACACCCCGGAAAACCCACGUUCCUCCUGCUACCUAGAUCCGAAUCCUGAACAUCUGGGCUGGACCCUACACACACUCCACCACUCCACCCUUCCCUUCCCCCGCCCUCGUCGUUGGGACCACUCAGCCUCGUGUCCUCUUCUGGUGCAGCUCCUCUAGUAUUUACGGGCUGGGGGGGUGAGGUUGGAGGGGAAGGAGUGACCACACAUCAAAUAAAGAGUGAACUGAACGCGU